CUUUGCACAGAGUUCUCCAGGGCCCUGCCUCCACCACUUCCUGUUUUUCCCCACAGGGCCCCAAAAGAAAUUCUCCAAUGUCACUCUGUGGCUUGGCCAUAAAUACCUCAGGGUGGCCUCGCUGAUAGGUCCCACCCUGUUUGUUGGAGGGAGAUCAAGAAGCUACAGAGCAAGAGAAAACAAUUUCUGAAUUGGGCUUACAGCAGUGGAGGAGAAAGCCUGCAUCCUUUAGGAUCAACCUCCAGACUUAGAGGAGGGAGGCAUGUCACAAGUAACAAUCUUGGCAGUGAGGGGGACCUUCUUUUACUAGCCCCAAUUAUGCCAUAUGGGUGAAUGAAAUGCUGAGGCUUAGAUACCCUCUCCCCAAUAAUAGUAAUGCAGGUGGGAGCGAGUGGUCUUUCUGUGGGGGUAAGAGGAGCUGUAUUUAACAGCCAAUUACCUUUCACGCGUAAGUGUCUAAAGCCUUAGUUUUUCCCUUGGCAUCUGAUAAAAAGGACGCAACCUGAAAGACCCAGGGCCAGGUAUCCCCUCCUUUCAGCCCCCAGGGAUCUGUGGGACGGGAAGAAAAUUCCCUUGGGGCCUGGAGAGGCUGCCUAGGGUUGUGUUUGAGCGUUCAAAAGGACCGGACUCCAUUUCCCAGCGGGCACCGCGGCACCGUUCUGCCCCUUCCGUGCGUGCCUGGUGUAGGUGAUACCGCGGCCGCGCCUUCCAGCCUCAAGUCCCCCCGCCACCCGGGAUUGGUAGACUCCACCGGCUGGGUAGCCAGCUUUCCAGCUCCGGCGGCUGGACCCUUCCAAAACGCGAGUGGGGGUAGCAAGGUGAGGUGCGGGGAGACGGUCAGGAAGUCUCAGGAGCAGUUUAUCUUGAGAAGUCACUUUCAGGUCAAUGAACAUUUCCUUGAAAUGGGCUCUAUGAUAAUGCCUAAUUAAAAUCUAUUUGAGCAACCUAAACAAAAGGUAUUCCUUUGGAUCCUCCCCUUAGCACGCAGCGGCGCUGGGCUGGCCCAGCGCUUCCCAUCCCUUCCCACUCGCACACGGAUAGGUGUGUGCGCAGCCUCCUUUCUUCCGAAGUCGGCUCCACCUUUCAGCGGUCGGCUUGGUGCAGCCCUGCCCCCGGGGCGAAUGGUACAGCCCCAGCCCCCCUCAGCUUCCCCCUUCCGCACCGGCUCCGAGUGGUACGCGCCCCCCGGUGCGGACGCGGAACUGGAGCCCGCUCGCAGCGGCGCCUCGCGAGGUAGCGACUGACGCUCGGCUGCUGGGGGACGUCCAGCCGGCCUGGCAGGUCCCCCGAGGUUCGAGAGGUGCUGGGAAUUGAACCCAGGGCCUUGGCCCCAUUAGACUUGGAUUAUCAGAUAAUAACAGAAUUCUUCCUGGGAAUGAGACUCCUUGCUUGGUGCCCUGAAGUUUCUCUGAGAUGAACUGAUGAAUUGGAACCAUGGUGCAAAAGAAGAAGUUCUGUCCCCGGUUACUUGACUAUCUAGUGAUCGUAGGGGCCAGGCACCCGAGCAGUGACAGUGUGGCCCAGACUCCUGAAUUGCUACGGCGAUACCCGCUAGAGGACCACCCUGAGUUUCCCCUGCCUCCAGAUGUAGUGUUCUUCUGCCAGCCAGAGGGCUGUCUGAGUGUGCGGCAGCGGCGCAUGAGCCUUCGGGAUGAUACCUCCUUUGUCUUCACCCUCACUGACAAGGACACUGGUGUCACACGUUAUGGCAUCUGUGUUAAUUUCUACCGUUCCUUCCAAAAGCGAAUGCCUAAGGAAAAGGGGGAAGGCGGGGCAGGGUCCCAUGGGAAGGAAGGGACUGGUGCCACCUGUGCCUCAGAAGAGGUUGGCACAGAAAGCUCAGAGAGUGGCUCAUCCCUGCAGCCUCCUAGUGCUGACUCCACCCCCGAUGUGAACCAGUCUCCUCGGGGCAAACGCCGGGUCAAGGCAGGCAGCAGGUCCCGCAACAGUACUCUGACAUCCCUGUGUGUGCUCAGCCACUACCCUUUCUUCUCCACCUUCCGAGAGUGUCUGUAUACCCUCAAACGGCUGGUGGACUGCUGUAGCGAACGGCUGCUGGGCAAGAAAUUGGGCAUCCCUCGAGGUGUACAAAGGGACACCAUGUGGCGUAUCUUUACUGGAUCACUGCUAGUGGAAGAGAAGUCAAGUGCCCUUCUGCAUGACCUUCGAGAGAUCGAGGCCUGGAUUUAUCGAUUGCUGCGCUCCCCAGUACCUGUCUCUGGGCAGAAGCGAGUAGACAUUGAAGUCCUUCCCCAGGAGCUCCAGCCAGCUUUGACCUUUGCUCUUCCAGACCCUUCUCGAUUCACCCUAGUGGAUUUCCCUCUGCACCUUCCCUUGGAACUUCUGGGUGUAGAUGCUUGUCUUCAGGUGCUAACCUGCAUCCUGUUGGAGCACAAGGUGGUGCUACAGUCCCGAGACUACAAUGCACUCUCCAUGUCUGUGAUGGCAUUUGUGGCAAUGAUCUACCCCCUAGAGUAUAUGUUUCCUGUCAUCCCACUGCUUCCCACCUGCAUGGCAUCGGCAGAGCAGCUGCUGUUGGCCCCAACCCCCUACAUCAUUGGGGUCCCUGCCAGCUUCUUCCUCUACAAACUAGACUUCAAAAUGCCUGAUGAUGUAUGGCUAGUGGAUCUGGACAGCAAUAGGGUGAUCGCCCCAACCAAUGCAGAAUUGCUCCCCAUCCUGCCAGAGCCAGAAUCAUUAGAGCUGAAAAAACAUUUGAAGCAGGCCCUAGCCAGCAUGAGUCUCAAUACCCAGCCCAUCCUCAAUCUGGAAAAAUUUCAUGAAGGCCAGGAGAUCCCACUUCUCUUGGGAAGGCCUUCUAAUGACCUGCAGUCCACACCUUCCACUGAAUUCAACCCGCUCAUCUAUGGCAAUGAUGUGGAUUCAGUGGAUGUUGCAACCAGAGUGGCCAUGGUACGGUUCUUCAACUCUGCCAACAUGCUGCAGGGCUUUCAGAUGCACACCCGCACCCUGAGACUAUUUCCUCGGCCUGUGGUAGCUUUCCAAGCUGGUUCCUUUUUAGCCUCACGUCCCAGGCAGACUCCCUUUGCUGAGAAACUGGCCAGGACUCAGGCUGUGGAGUACUUUGGAGAAUGGAUCCUAAACCCCACCAAUUACGCCUUUCAGCGAAUUCACAACAAUAUGUUUGAUCCAGCCCUGAUUGGUGACAAGCCAAAGUGGUAUGCCCACCAGCUGCAGCCCAUCCACUAUCGAGUCUAUGAUAGCAACUCCCAGCUGGCUGAGGCACUGACUGUACCACCAGAGCGUGACUCUGACUCUGACCCCACUGAUGACAGUGGCAGCGAUAGUAUGGAUUAUGAUGACUCAAGCUCUUCUUACUCCUCCCUGGGUGACUUUGUCAGUGAAAUGAUGAAAUGUGACAUCAAUGGUGAUACUCCCAAUGUGGACCCUCUGACGCAUGCAGCACUUGGGGAUGCCAGUGAGGUGGAGAUUGAUGACCUGCAGAACCAAAAGGAAUCAGAGGAGCCUGGCCCAGACAGUGAGAACUCUCAGGAAAACCCCCCAGAACGCUCCAGCUCCAGCACCACUGCCUGUAGCAGCCCUAGCACCGUCGUCCAUGGAGCCAGCUCUGAACCUGCUGAGUCUACAGAGAUGGAUGAUAAGGCAGCAGUAGAUGUCUCCAAGCCCCUCCCUACCGUGCCUCCCAGCAUUGGCAAAUCGAAUACGGACAGACGCCAGACAGAGAUUGGAGAGGGGUCAGUGCGCCGGCGAACCUAUGACAAUCCAUACUUCGAGCCCCAGUAUGGCUUUCCCCCUGAGGAAGAUGAUGAUGAGCAGGGGGAAAGUUACACUCCCCGAUUCAGCCAACAUGUCAAUGGCAAUCGGGCUCAAAAGCUGCUGCGGCCCAACAGCUUGAAACUGGCAAGUGACUCCGAAGCAGAGUCAGACUCCCGAGCAAGCUCCCCCAACUCCACCAUCUCCAACAACAGCACCGAGGGCUUCGGGGGCAUCAUGUCUUUUGCCAGCAGCCUGUAUCGGAACCACAGUACAAGUUUCAGCCUUUCAAACCUCACACUGCCCACCAAAGGUGCCCGAGAGAAGACCACACCAUUCCCCAGUCUGAAAGGAAACAGGAGGGCAUUAGUGGACCAAAAGUCAUCUGUCAUUAAACACAGUCCAACAGUGAAAAGAGAACCUCCAUCACCCCAGGGCCGAUCCAGCAAUUCUAGUGAGAACCAGCAAUUCCUGAAGGAGGUGGUACACAGUGUGCUGGACGGCCAGGGAGUGGGCUGGCUCAACAUGAAAAAGGUACGCCGGCUGCUGGAGAGCGAGCAGCUGCGAGUCUUUGUCCUGAGCAAGCUGAACCGCACCGUGCAGUCAGAAGAUGAUGCUCGGCAGGACAUCAUCCCAGAUGUGGAGAUCAGUCGAAAAGUGUACAAGGGAAUGUUAGAUCUCCUCAAGUGCACAGUCCUCAGCCUGGAGCAGUCUUAUGCCCAUGCAGGUCUGGGUGGCAUGGCCAGCAUCUUUGGCCUUCUGGAAAUUGCCCAGACCCACUACUAUAGUAAAGAACCAGACAAGCGGAAGAGAAGUCCAACAGAAAGUGUAAAUACCCCAGUUGGCAAGGAUCCUGGUCUGGCUGGGCGGGGGGACCCAAAGGCUAUGGCACAACUGAGAGUCCCCCAGCUGGGACCUCGGGUACCAAGUGCUACAGGAAAGGGUCCUAAGGAAGUGGACACUAGAAGUUUAAAGGAAGAGAAUUUUGUAGCCUCUAUCGGGCCCGACGUAAUCAAACCUACCUUUGACCUUGGUGAAACAGAGGAGAAAAAAUCACAGAUCAGCGCAGAUAGUGGUGUGAGCCUGACAUCUGCUUCCCAGAGAACUGAUCAAGACUCAGUCAUCGGUGUGAGUCCACCUGUUAUGAUCCGCAGCUCAAGUCAGGAUUCUGAAGUUAGCACCGUGGUAGGGGAACACCACACUGGCAUCUUGGUGAGUAAUAGUUCUGGAGAAACGCUUGGUGCAGACAGUGAUCUGAGCAGCAAUGCAGGUGAUGGACCAGGUGGUGAGGGCAGUGCCCACUUGGCAAGUUCCCGGGGCACUUUGUCUGAUAGUGAAAUUGAGACCAACUCUGCCACAAGUGCCAUCUUUGGUAAAGCCCACAGCCUGAAGCCAAAGGAGAAGCUGGCAGGCAGCCCAGUUCGCUCUUCUGAAGAUGUAAGCCAGCGCGUCUAUCUCUACGAGGGACUCCUAGGCAAAGAGCGUUCUACUUUAUGGGACCAAAUGCAAUUCUGGGAAGAUGCGUUUUUAGAUGCUGUGAUGUUAGAGAGAGAAGGGAUGGGUAUGGAUCAGGGUCCCCAGGAAAUGAUUGACAGGUACCUGUCCCUGGGAGAACAUGACCGGAAGCGCCUGGAAGAUGAUGAAGAUCGCUUGUUAGCAACCCUUUUGCACAACCUCAUCUCCUACAUGUUGCUGAUGAAGGUGAACAAGAAUGACAUCCGAAAGAAGGUGCGACGUCUGAUGGGAAAGUCACAUAUUGGACUUGGGUAUAGCCAGCAAAUCAACGAGGUGCUUGAUCAGCUGGCGAACCUGAAUGGACGUGAUCUCUCUAUUCGAUCCAGUGGCAGCCGACACAUGAAGAAGCAGACAUUUGUGGUGCAUGCAGGGACAGACACAAAUGGAGAUAUCUUUUUCAUGGAGGUGUGCGAUGACUGUGUGGUGUUGCGGAGUAACAUCGGGACAGUGUAUGAGCGCUGGUGGUAUGAGAAGCUCAUCAACAUGACCUACUGUCCCAAGACCAAGGUUUUGUGCUUGUGGCGUAGAAAUGGCUCUGAGACCCAGCUGAACAAGUUUUAUACUAAGAAGUGUCGGGAGCUGUACUACUGCGUGAAGGACAGCAUGGAGCGUGCUGCUGCCCGACAACAAAGCAUCAAACCCGGGCCUGAACUAGGCGGCGAGUUCCCCGUGCAGGACAUGAAGACAGGCGAGGGUGGCUUGCUGCAGGUCACCCUGGAAGGGAUCAAUCUCAAGUUCAUGCAUAACCAGGUUUUCAUAGAGCUGAAUCACAUUAAAAAGUGCAAUACAGUUCGAGGCGUCUUUGUCCUGGAGGAAUUUGUUCCUGAAAUUAAAGAAGUGGUGAGCCACAAGUACAAGACACCAAUGGCCCACGAGAUCUGCUACUCUGUGUUGUGUCUCUUCUCGUAUGUGGCUGCAGUCCGUAGCAGUGAAGAGGACCUCAGAACUCCGCCCCGGCCUGUUUCCAGCUGAUGGAGCAGGUGAAGCAGCUGGCCCAUCCCAGGGCUCACCCCUUGCCUCCUGCUGCUCCCAAGUGCACCAAGUGACCGUGACUGAGAAGGGGAUAAUGGGUGUACGUUCUGCCAGCCCUGCGCUGUGGCUUCGCUGGUCCCCAGUUAUACGUCUUUUGAGUGUGUCUUUGCGUGUGUCUGUGACAGAGCUAAGCUAGUCCCUUCCACCUUCUCCCUGUCCUUACCCAGAAGACCAGCCUACUGUUCCCUCAGGGCUCAAGAGUGUGUUGGGGGGAACAGUGUGAAUCCACCCUUGCGUGUCCUUGAGACAUUGUGUUGUGGUUCCUCGUCCUCGGCAUCAUGAUCCUCCAGUGCAGGAUUCCUGCUCCCCGUCCUCUGUGAUCUAGCAUGACAGGGCGCCUUGGGCAGUUCCACUCUGGGCAGUGAGGGAAACCUGGCCUGCCCUUCCAGACGAGGGGUGGGCAGGAAAAGGAAAGCAAGAGGCUGGGGCAGCUGGAGUGAGUGGCAGCCUCCCAGCUUCCCUGUGCAUUUCCCAGUGGCAGCUCCUACCUGUGGCCAUGAGCUCUGCUGCUGCCCACCACAGCUCCAUUGCCACCGCGGGGCAGCACUGAGGGGCCACUGUGUGCCGAGCAGCGAUUUUCCUAUGGUCAGCCUGGCCUUUGGCAUGAGAAGACAGAGUGAUUGGGGCAAUAGAGUCCCAGAGACCGCUGGCUGCUCUGCCAGACACCAGGGAGAGGCGGCCAGGACCAAGUUCAUUGUACAUGCCCGUAUGAGGCAGUGUCUCCUGGUGUCAGGUGCCAGGAGAGAAAGAUGGCCUGGGGGUGGGGGGAUGAUUGUAAAUAUCUCAGCUCCUCGUUAUUUAUAGAAAAUGUACAGCUGUGUGAAUGUGAAAUAAAUGUCCUUAACUCCCCUGG